CUUGGCGUCCCAUUUGAUUUGACGACGCGACGACGCUCUGCUGGCUCUGCGCCGUGUGUGCUCUGUUUUUUUGCAUGCAAUCGCUGUUGUUGUGUGUUCGUCGGUCGGUACCUCACCUGCGAUAAGUUACAAAUAAGUAGUAUAGUUUGUGACAGGUUGUAUUCGGCUUCCAAAAAUGGAGGACAAAGAGCAGCCAAUGUCGUGCGACACUUUUGUCGUCCUCCCUCCGGGCACUCGCAACGGCUGCGUUGUCUUUGGUAAAAAUUCGGACCGACCAGGUGAUGAAGUGCAAGAGGUCAUUUACUUGCCCAGGACGUCUCACGGAACAGGGAAGAAAGUCCAGUGCACCUACAUUGAGAUCGACCAAACGGAGGAGACUUUAGCAGUGAUCUUGAGUAAGCCUUCCUGGAUGUGGGGUGCAGAGAUGGGUGCUAAUGAAUGUGGUGUAGUCAUCGGCAACGAAGCUCUCUUUACAAGGCUUAAUGGUACUCCGGAUGAUAGCGUAGAAAGGUUGCUGGGGAUGGACUUUGUGAGGCUAGGACUUGAAAGGGCAAAAACUGCACGUGAGGCGUUGGACGUGAUUGUAACUCUCCUAGCCGAGCACGGACAAGGAGGACGAUGCUCAGACACCUGUGAUAACUUAAUGUACCACAAUGGCUUCCUUAUCGCUGAUCGCAGCGAAGCCUGGGUGCUUGAAACCGUCGGAAAGCUUUGGGCUGCCGAAAAUAUCAAGAGUGGAUGUAGGAACAUAUCGAAUUGUUUGUCGAUCGGGACAAAGAUUGACCUCUGCAGUGAAGGACUGAAAGAUGCGGCGAAGCAACACGGCUUCUGGGAUGAAAGCAAAGGAGAAUUCAACUUUGCACUUGCCUUUGGAGAUGGGCACCUCAUAACGAGAUUUACGUGUGGGAAGCAACUGCUGGAGAAUCUUUCUGCAUCAGGAGAAUUUGACAUAAGGUCGAUGACCACAAUUCUGCGAGAUAAAGAUAGUGAAAUUUGCCGCGACCAAACUCAUGAAAGGCCAACCACUGCUAGUCAGGUAUCGGUACUAUCACCACUGACUUCGAACAGACAGUGCUGCCACUGGUUCACAGGGACACCAGACCCAUCCUUGUCAGUAUUUAAGCCCUUUGUGUUCUGCGACAACGUGCUUUCGUCACGGCACAUAGUUUCCCCCGUGUUCGAGAAGGACCCGGCUAAGAUGGUUCCACGAUUCCAGUUCACGGUAGAUCGUGCGCACAACCUCUACCGUCACCACCAGAAGGCAGUGCAAGCCAUGCGCGACGGUACUCCAACAGGCAAAGAGUUACACGCGUUGAUGACCGACCUUGAAGCAAAAUGCAUGCGCGAAGUUGACCAGUUCCUGGACGCUUCCGGCUCUCUCAGAGAACUUCAGGAGCUUUUCAAGGAUGUUGUCGAGACGGAGAUAAAGUUCUACAAAUAAGGGUCCCCCGAUAAAACGUAAACAAAGAGAGAGAGAGGGAUAUGUGACUUGGCACGCUCGAGCAUGCUGUCUUUACUGUAGAAUUUGGUUGCUCUUGCUAAUUUACAGCUGGCACAGUUCAAGUUAAUGUUUAGCAUCUGUGGCAAAAACAUAACCCGGAUUCAGUAGUCCCGCAUUAUAAUAGACGCAAGCAUAAUAUGGGAUUACGGUACAGAUGUUCUCAGCUGUGCAUGUGACGUGUUGCACCUCACGUUGUGAUAAAGCGAGACGUGUCGCGUUUACUGUGUCAAGCACAGGUUGGUUCUUUUGAAUGCUGAGUUGCAUUUAUUAUGUUUAUAUGUAAGAAUUUGCAGGUUUCAUGAAACGGGCAAUAUCUUAUUAGUGCAAUCAGGCUUGGUUCGCUAAAUACAGCUUUACUCUCCCCAUUUCAGUGCACAUGUUUAUUAGAGGCUUGAAAAAGUAUGCAGACGUGGAACUGGGAGAUGCAUUCUUGCUUGAUGUAGUGCUUCAUGUUCAGCGUGCGUGAACUCGAUAAUUGCUAGCAUUAGACUUCACAUGUCUAUGCAUUUAGCAAUGCUUCUGCCUCAAAGCUCAGGAGAUGUAUACUUUUUACUGUUUACCAAGACAUAGUACUUGCAAAAGAAUAAUGUUCUUGCAUCAGUGCUUGUCAAAAGCAACUGCUCUGUUCAGCUGCGAUGAAUUCAGUGCUUUUGCGGCAACGAUUGCAGCGUGCACGCGGAGGUAAUCGGAAAAUCGCAUUAUCCGGGAAAUCGUAUUAUCCGAAAAAUAAAAUUAUCCAAAAAUCGUAUUGUCUGAGAAAUCGCAUUAUCCGGAAAAUCGUAUUAUCCGAAAAAUCAAAUUAUCCAAAAAUCGUAUUGUCUGAGAAAUCGCAUUAUCCGGGAAAUCGUAUUAUCCGAAAAAUCAAAUUAUCCAAAAAUCGUAUUGUCUGAGAAAUCGCAUUAUCCGGGUAAUCGUACUAUCCGAAAAAUCAAAUUAUCCAAAAAAACGUAUUGUCUGAGAAAUCGCAUUAUCCGGGAAAUCGUAUUAUCUGAGAAAUCGCAUUGUCCGGAAAAUUGCACUGUCCGAAAAAUCCUACUACCCGGCAAAGCGCACUAUCCGGAAAUUCGUACCAUCCCAUAAAUCACACUGCUGUCCAAUAGAUUUAUUAUACUGUGAAUAGUGCACUGUGAAAGAGCAUUACGAGCGGGGCACAAAACAAAAGUAAAAGCACCAUGUGGGAAAUAAUACCAUCGAGGUGUCGCCGUAUCCCUCCUGGUAUACUGUGUGGAAGAGCCCACAUCAUGCCCUGCGACCGUGAACGCCGCUUUAUGUGGACAUUGGCUUGGCAUGUGUUCCCAUGCGCUUUCGAGGGCGAGUGGGAAAAUGUAUAUUCUUUUCUAUGAUGCAUCAUGGCUAGUGCGUUUUGCACCAGCAUGAAAAGUGCGUUUUCUGCACCGUUGUGUGAAUAUCGCAGACUUCCUGUUUGCCCUUCUUUAGCUAGUCUUUCCUGCUUGUCGGGGGAGCUUAUUUUGGGUUUCAGUUCCUAUCGAUGUGGCGCGACUUGUAUACACCAAAGAGGCAGAAAACAACAUUGCUAGAAAACAACAUUCCUGGCUUAUUUGUAUAUUUUGUGUUAUUGUAGUGCGUAUUGUCUCUGAGCCAAUAUAUGUGAACAAAUAUUUACGUUUGUGAUAUUAAAUCGAAACAGAAUAAUAUAACUGUCAAACAUGUUCGUAUUACUCCUACUGAAUUACUCGUAGUUGGUAUCCACAAGGACUCAAAGGUCUAAGCUCGGUUUGUUGGCAAUGAUCUGCUUUGGAGUACCAUGUCUUAUUUAUAUCUACUGUGUCAAAUGUUGUAUGCUUUCCAGCAUCGAAUUGUUUUUGUUGACUUUGGUUUUGAGCGUGAAACGUUAGCACAGAAUAUGCGCGUUGCCACUACUGUACUGGAUUGGUUGCUAUAUUUUGCGUAAAUAAAGUGUAGAAGCUUACGGUGCAAAUAACAGGUGGUACAGCAUGUCUGCUCCUCAUGGCGCAUAGGUCGUGUCUGCACCGAAUGAGUGUGGUACUUAAUUCGCGAAGGUCUUUUUAGGGGGAAGGUUUAGGUUAGGUUUAGGGAUCUUUCGUUUUUUACGCUGCAGAUAUUGUGUAACCACCUCUCAUAUGCCUGGUGCAAUAAAUUUCUUUAUGGUAUCAGC